AUGAAAAUCGUUUUUUAUCAAAUUGUAGUGUGGUUCACUGUUGAUUAUACAACAUUUGACACAAACAGUAAUAUAAACAUCGAAUUUAAAAAUGUUAUCUACACUGAUAAUGAUAAAAAUAAAUAUGGUAAUAAUUUACCGCCAAAUGUGACAUCACUUGGUAAAUGGUGUUUUUAUAACUGUAUCGAUUUAAGCAAUGUAUUGAUACCAUUGAGUGUCACAUCACUUGGUGAUGAAUUUUUUAAUGGAUGCAAUUUGAGUAGUGUGGUUAUAUCAUCAAAAGUUAUAUCACUUGGUAUUGAAUGUUUAAUUUACUGCGGCAGUCUAGUCAACGUUACAAUACCACCAAGUGUGAAAUCAAUUGGCGAUUUGUGUUUUUGUAGUUGUUGUAGGCUAAGCAGUGUGUUAAUACCAUCAAGUAUGAAAUCAAUUGGUGAUUUUUGUUUUAGUGAAUGUGAUCGUCUUACCAGUGUAGUUAUACCACAUUUUAUAAACUGUAGCAAUACUAACAAGUGCAAUUAUGAUCAACAAUAA